AUGUCAACUGGUGUCAGUGAUUCUAAAUUAUGUGGCUCAGCUGCCAGCCUUGUCAGCUACUUCAUUGCCUACUGUACCAAUAUGAAGCACCGCAGAAGCACACCUCGCUACAUCUCACCUGCGCUUCCCCCAGUCUUCCCAAACGGAUGGGUUCCACUCCUCGAGUCCACAGACCUACGUGUCAACGAAGUGAAGCCGCUUACCGCCAUAGGUCAAGACUUCGUGGUGUUCCGCACCGCAGACGGUGUUGCGCAUGUUCUGGACGCGUACUGCCCGCACCUGGGCGCCCACCUGGGAGUGAUGGGCCGCGUGGUGGGAGACUGCGUCGAGUGCCCGUUCCAUGGGUGGAGGUUCCAGGGGGAAACCGGAGCAUGCACGCACGUGCCUUACGCCAGCAAGGCGCCAACGUUCCUUAAAAUAAAGACGUGGACGUGCCAAGAAAAGUACGGCCUUAUAUUCAUGUGGUACCAUGCUGAAGGCGAGGAACCUGAGUGGAGCAUUGACGAUUACGCCGAGCUGAGCAGCGGAGCCUUCAGGCAGAUGACACGCUACGAGACGAGGAGCGAGGGCCAUGUCCAGGACAUCGCCGAAAACGUGGCAGACACGGCCCACCUCAACCACGUCCACGAGGCCUCGUGGCUGCUGUCGGCCGAAGAGUACGCACGUGAGGCGGUCACAGCCGGCUCCUGGAAAAGUCGCUUCAUGUCCGUCACGUGGCAAGCGUCAUGGUCACCCAAACAUUUCAGUGCCAACGCACCGUUCACCUUUGACAUGUCUCUGUUCGGUUGGAAACCUCGCCUUCUGCAGUGUCGCGGCGUCAUUUCCCAGUGUGGCCCUUACCUGGCGGUUGUGCACACGGAGUCGGCGUUUGGUUGUUUCGUGUCCGUCAUGUCGACGACUCCUGAGGGACCAUUUCAACAGCGCAUCAUUCACCGAACAUUUGCUAGACCAAGUACCUUUUCCUGGAUGGUUUGCGUAACGAUGGAGCGCGGAUUCGCAAACAUGCUGGAAAGAGACUUCCUAAUUAUGGGGCGCAAGACUGUUCUCAAGAAUCCGGCUCUUGUCAAGGAAGAGAGCGGAGUACCAGCCUUCAGGAGGUGGUACGACCAGUUUUACACCAGCAAUAGCCCUACAUGGCAAGAUGUCAAAGAACGAACUUUGGAGUGGUGACGGCCCUGCACAUUUGCUGUAGACCCGAUGGAGUUGUUCGGAUGUUACACGAAACAUCGACGACUUGUAUCUAAUUUGUGCUGCCUUGCUUUCCAUAAACGCUGACUGACAAAUAAUAGAGAUUUCAGAUUUUUAGAAUUAAUGGCCAUAAUAGCUUUUUAAAGCUGAGAUGAUUGGUAAGUGCUCAAUACGGAGACUUGCUUGCACUAGCUUUCUGCAUGUUUUUUUUUUGUGCUUAUUCUAGAGAGUAUAAACACUGGCCGUCGUAAAGAGUGGUUUCAUGUCUGUGCAGUAGAAUUCGAGUGGCAUUAUUGUCGCUUCUAAGCUGUGCUGGCCUCCGGACGGCAACGUCGCACAUUAUCGCUUGAAGACUUGUGUU